GAGGAGCAGCGGCGGCGGAGGAGAGCUGAGUCAAUGCAGAGGAGGACGGAGAGAGAGAGAGAGAGAGAGUGGGGGGGGGGACGGACGAGGAAUUCACUCCUAUGUGUCCUGUCUGAGGAGCAACAGCUCAGCAAAGAAACAAACCCGCGCUGACAAGAUGGUGUGUUUCCGGGGACAUUCAGGGUAACAGUUUGACGGAUUGACUGAAAAAGGGACUGACCGAAACAAAUCACGGAGCACUCAGCAGAGGACAGCCGGGGAGGCUCACGCCGCUAUCAGAGAUGUCCCUGCUGUGUGUGGGAGUGAAGAAAGCCAAGCUGGAUGGACCCCAAGAGAAGUUCAACACUUAUGUGACCCUCAAGGUACAAAAUGUGAAGAGCACAACCAUUGCUGUCAGGGGCAACUUGCCCAGCUGGGAGCAAGACUUCAUGUUCGAAAUUAACCGCUUGGACCUGGGUCUGACAGUAGAGGUGUGGAACAAAGGGUUAAUCUGGGACACCAUGGUCGGCACGGUGUGGAUCCCCCUCCGGAGCAUUCGACAGUCUAAUGAGGAAGGUCCAGGCGAGUGGCUCACACUGGACUCUCAGGUCAUCAUGACCGAUAAUGAGAUAUGUGGCACCAAAGAACCCACUCUUCACCUGGUGCUGCUCGACACGCGCUUCGAACUGCCUCUUGAUAUCCCUGAGGAUGAGGCACGGUACUGGGCCAAAAAACUGGAGCAGCUCAACGCCAUGAGGGACCAAGAUGAGGAGCAAGAACGCCCCCUCCGCGCACCAGGAACCCAGUGCUGUAACUGGAGUCUUUGGGGAGACCAACAAAAUGAAGAUCCUGACAGCGCAGUGGAUGACAGAGACAGCGACUACCGAAGCGAAACCAGUAACAGCAUCCCCCCUCCCUUCUACAGCACAUCCCAGCCCAACGCCUCUGUCCACCAGUAUCCAAUCAGCCAGCAGCAUCGCAACUCCAGAAGUUACUCUUACCCACGCUCUGGCAACAGCCAGGACCUCGAAUACAACCAACAGAGGACUGUCAGCCCCUCAGGGAGCUACGCCUCAUCUGCAGAGCUAAGUCGUUGCAGCAGUCAACUGAGCGAGGAGGACUACGGAGGCGAGUAUGGAGAAAGGGACCCUUACGACGAGAAUGACUCCUACCACUCCUGCCACUCAUCUGUGAGCUACAGCAAAGGCUCUCCAGACUGGGACCCUGAUGAGACCCAGGGGCAGUACAGUGACGAGGGCGGCUACAGCAAAGAUGGAGGAGAGGAGGCAGCUCUCUAUGAGGAGGAAGAUGGAGGACUGUAUGAGGGAGAAGAAGGAGGACUCUAUGAGGAUGAGGAGAUGAUGUAUGAUGAUGAGGAUUUGUACAAUUUGGAUGGGACCCUCAGUGAGGACUUGGAGCCUCCUUUCACCCCCACCCCAACAUCAACAGCUCCCACAACUUUGGAUGUACCUGGCUCUAGACCUCCUCUCGAAAAACAACCGUCUUUACAUCAACAGCAGCCCACUUCUCAACCCCCUAACCAAACACCCAACCAGUCUAAUCCUCCUGGCAUGCCCCCAUCAGCACAGCCCACUUCUGGUCAACCGACAGCCCAACCUCUUAAACAGCCCCUUCCCCAAACACAGCCUCAGCCUCAGCCUCAGCCUCAGCCUCAGGCAGCCCCCUCCGCCACUUCCUUCUUCUCAAUGGCCAAACCGUUAACUGCUGCGGUCACAGGUUUGGCCUCUACUUUCCUGUCUUCUGUUCCCGCAGCUCAGCCCGCCCAGUCUCACCCUCCAGCCUCAGCCAUUUCUCAGCAACAGCAGCCUCCUGCAACUAGCUCUGUCCCUCCAUCUCACCCAGCCACCAUGGCUAACUCAGCCUCCCAGCCCCCCAACGCUUCUCUGGGCCCUCCCUCCCAACAGACCCCUGCCUCUGGGCAGCCUCAAUCCCAACCCAAUGGUCCUGCUACCACCCAGUCAGAACUACCCGAGGAACAGGAUCUCUACCUGGAGGAAGAACCAUGGCUAGAAGAGGAAAUGGAAUUGGAGAAGGAGGCCCCAACACCUCCUGCUCAACUAGAGGAGGAGCUCCCAGAGGAGGAUACAGAUGAGCGUUUUGAUGACAGCAGGCCGCCGACGCCAGUAGAGGAAAAAGAGAUGCCUCCUGAGAGUCCUCCAGUCAUAGAGGAGCCAAAAGAGCCAGUGGAUCCAGCAGUCAGAGCCAAAGAGAACUGGCUCAGAAUCUACAACAAAGUCUUAGAACAGCUUCGGGAGGCCCGCGGGGAGACUUCCAACUCUCUGUGGUUUGGUAAAGGAGGAAUGGGAGGUGCACUUUACAGUAUUGACAGCAUGCCUGACCUUCGCAAGAGGAAAGCCAUUCCUCUAGUCAGAGAUCUGGCUAUGUCUCUAGUGCAGAGCUCUCGUAAGGCUGGAAUCACCUCGGCCAUGGCUUCCACCACUCUCGGCAACGAAGAGCUGAAAAGUCAUGUUUAUAAGAAGACCCUGCAGGCUCUCAUCUACCCCAUCUCCUCCACCACACCCCAUAACUUUGAGGUGUGGACAGCCACCACCCCCACCUACUGCUACGAAUGUGAGGGGCUGCUAUGGGGUAUCGCCCGACAAGGCAUGCGCUGCUCUGAGUGUGGCGUCAAAUGCCAUGAUAAGUGCCAGGAUCUGCUGAAUGCUGACUGUCUGCAAAGAGCAGCAGAAAAGUGCUCCAAGCAUGGUGCAGAGGACAGAACCCAGAACAUCAUCAUGGUUCUGAAGGACCGCAUGAAGAUCAGAGAGAGGAACAAGCCGGAAAUCUUUGAGCUCAUUCUGGAAGUGUUUGCCCUCGACAAAACAACGCACGGCACUCAAAUGAAACAAAUCAAGCAAAGCGUGCUUGAUGGGACCUCUAAGUGGUCAGCCAAGAUCAGCAUCACAGUUGUAUGUGCUCAGGGUCUGCAGGCUAAAGACAAAACGGGUUCUAGUGAUCCUUAUGUGACUGUUCAAGUUGGAAAGACCAAAAAGAGAACCAAGACCAUCUACGGCAACCUCAACCCCGUCUGGGAAGAAAAUUUCCAUUUCGAAUGCCACAACUCAUCUGACCGCAUAAAGGUUCGUGUGUGGGAUGAGGAUGAUGACAUUAAGUCACGUGUGAAACAAAGGUUUAAACGUGAAAGCGAUGACUUCCUGGGUCAAACCAUCAUUGAAGUCCGGACUCUGAGCGGGGAGAUGGACGUUUGGUACAACCUAGACAAGAGAACUGAUAAGUCUGCUGUGUCAGGAGCCAUCCGGAUGCACAUCAGUGUGGAGAUCAAAGGAGAGGAGACAGUUGCCCCAUACCAUGUUCAGUACACCUGUCUACAUGAGCAUUUGUUCCAGUACACCACUGAGGAGCAGAACGGCGGUGUUGUAAAGAUCCCGGAUGCCAAAGGGGACGAUGCCUGGAAGGUUUAUUUUGAAGAGACGGCCCAGGAGAUAGUGGACGAGUUUGCCAUGAGAUAUGGAGUAGAAUCAAUCUACCAGGCCAUGACGCACUUUGCCUGCUUGUCAUCUAAAUACAUGUGCCCAGGAGUGCCAGCUGUGAUGAGUACCCUGCUUGCCAACAUCAACGCUUACUACGCCCACACCACCCAGUCCUCCAACAACGUUUCUGCAUCUGACAGAUUUGCUGCAUCAAACUUUGGUAAGGAGAGGUUUGUCAAACUGCUGGAUCAGCUGCACAACUCUCUGAGGAUUGACUUAUCCAUGUACCGGAAUAACUUCCCUGCCAGCAGUCCUGAAAGACUACAAGACUUAAAGUCUACAGUUGAUCUCUUGACCAGCAUCACUUUCUUCAGGAUGAAGGUCCAGGAGCUGCAGAGUCCCCCCAGGGCGAGCCAGGUGGUGAAAGACUGUGUGAAAGCCUGUCUCAACUCCACCUACGAGUACAUUUUCAACAACUGCCAUGACCUCUAUAACAGGGAAUAUCAGACAGACCCUUCAAAGGCUGUCCCUCCAGAUGAACAAGGUCCCAGCAUCAAAAACCUAGACUUCUGGUCCAAACUCAUCACACUUAUCGUCUCUAUCAUAGAGGAAGACAAAAACUCCUACACUCCUUGUCUCAAUCAGUUUCCCCAGGAACUGAAUGUUGGCAAGAUCAGUGCAGAGGUCAUGUGGAAUAUGUUUGCACAAGACAUGAAGUACGCGAUGGAGGAGCAUGAGAAGAACCGCCUGUGUAAAAGUGCAGAUUAUAUGAACUUACACUUCAAGGUGAAGUGGCUCUAUAACGAGUACUGCAAGGAGCUUACCACUUUCCAGAAGCACGUACCUGAAUAUCCCGCCUGGUUCGAACCAUUUGUCGUCAUGUGGUUGGAUGAGAAUGAAGAAGUGUCGAGAGAUUUUCUACAUGGAGCCUUGGAGAGGGAUAAAAAAGACGGGUUCCAGGUCACGUCAGAGCAUGCUUUGUUCUCCUGCUCCGUGGUGGACGUGUUCUCUCAGCUCAAUCAGAGCUUUGAAAUCAUCCGCAAACUCGAGUGCCCAGAUCCUCAGAUCGUUGGAAACUACAUGAAGAGAUUCGCCAAGACAAUCGGCAACGUCCUGCUGUCUUAUGCUGACAUCAUUGCAAAAGAGUUUCCAAAUCACGUGAAGAAGGAGAAAGUGCCAUGUAUCAUCAUCAACAACAUCCAGCAGCUCAGAGUUCAGUUGGAGAAGAUGUUUGAGGCCAUGGGUGGAAAAGAUCUCAACCUGGAGGCAAGCGACUUCCUCAAAGAGCUGCAGAACAAACUCAAUAGCGUCAUGGAUGACCUCAGCCGCAUUUUUGCCGUCAGUUUCCAGCCCCAGAUUGAGGACAACGUGAGGCAAAUGGGAGACAUCCUGGCACAGGUUAAAGGUCAAACCGUCCCAGCAAAUGGUAGUGUGGUUCAGGAGGCCGACAACGUCCUGCAGCCUAUCAUGGACUUCCUGGACAGCAACCUGUCGCUGUUUGCUAAGAUCUGUGAGAAGACUGUCCUGAAGAGAGUGCUGAAGGAGCUGUGGAAACUAGUCAUGAACACAAUGGAGAAAACAAUCGUACUUCCAACACUUACUGACCAGACGGGCACUCAGAUGAUCUUCAACGCUGCUAAGGAGUUGGGCCAGCUGUCAAAGUUCAAGGAGCACAUGGGGCGAGAGGAGGCCAAAGCUCUGUCUCCUAAACAAUGUGCAGUCAUAGAGCUAGCACUGGACACUAUUAAGCAAUAUUUCCACGCUGGUGGUGUGGGCCUGAAGAAAACAUUUUUGGAAAAGAGUCCAGACCUGCAGUCUCUACGCUAUGCCUUGUCCCUGUACACGCAGGCCACGGACAAGUUGAUCAGGAAGUUUGUCCUCUCGCAGAACGCUCAGGUCCACGGAGGGAAAGGGAUCAGGUACUCUGCCAAUGAAGACACGCCUCCAGAGAAAGCUUCUGGAGUCGAUGCAGUUGGCGAGGUGGUUAUGUGUGUGGACAUUUUACCUCAGCCUAAUGGAGAACACAAGAUCAAUGUGAAAGUGGUGGCUGCUAAUGACCUGAAGUGGAAGGCUCAGGGCUUCAGGCCAUUUGUUGAGGUCUACAUCAUCGGCCCCCACCUCAGUGACAAGAAGAGGAAAUUUGCCACUAAAUCCAAAAACAACAGCUGGUCUCCGAAAUUUAGUGAGAGCUUCCAGUACUCGUUGGGCACUGAGGUUGGGCCGGAGAGCUAUGAGCUGCAGGUGUGCGUGAAGGACUACUGCUUCGCCAGAGAGGACCGCACCGUGGGAAUUGCCUUGCUGCAGGUGAAAGAAAUCGCCAGCAAGAGCAGUGUCACCUGCUGGAUGCCGCUGGGCGCACGCGUCCACAUGGACGAAACGGGCCUGACGGUGCUGCGCAUCCUCUCCCAGCGCAACAAUGACGACGUUGCCAAAGAGUUUGUCAAGCUCAAGUCAGACCAGCGCUCAGCUGAGGAGGGCCGUAGCUGAGGCGGG